AUGCGAUCUGGCUUCCCGAUUCUAUCGCUUCCCCAUGUAGUCUUCAGAAGAGUUUCAAAAUCGUGGGAUAUUUUUGAUUUAAUCAAACUAUUGGAAUUGUCAUCAGAAGAUUUGAAGAAAGCAGUGAAAUUGACAAAAUUUGAAACACAAAAAGUUGAAGUGGAGUUUAGAAAGGAUUAUACAGUUGAUGUGAUAGUUUGGUUUGAAGGAAAAGAGCAUACGUUUAAUUUAAUAGAAACAAUGACAGAAAAGAUGGUUCCGGAAUUCAGACAAACUUCCCCCCUGAAAUGUGAGAUCCACUACCAAAGAUCCCAAAACCAAGUCGAAAAGAUCUGUAAAUCAAUCCUUGACCUAUUCCGAAAGUCCUCCAUCGACAGGUUUCAAUUCAGCAGAAAUAUUUAUGAGUCGGAUUUCAAAAACUACUCGAACAUAAUAGUAGAUGCCAAAAGUGUCCACGUAUCACCGGAUUCUGUAACCGAGGAGGAGCUAGAUUUGAUCUUCGGAAUAUUCCAGAAACUAGAGAAUUUAUCUUUAAGAAACAGACUCCCUAAAAAUUACAAAGGAUUGAAUAAUCGAAAACUCAAAUUUCUUCGAGUACCUUCGGAUUGGAAUGGUAUAAAAGAUUUUGAAGUUGAACGUCUAUGGCUUCCGAAAACUCUCUGGACAACGUUCGAAUUCAAUUUUUAUAUCAAGCAUUGGCUGAAAGCUCCAAAUCCCUGUUUGAAAGAAGUCCAUGUAAUGGUUAUGGAAAUCUCGAAUAUCUUUGAUGGUCUCACCACGAAUGCCUGGAAUCCAUGUAGCAGAGGAAAAUAUUUUAUCAGUGAAGAUGGAUGGAAGCCAACUGCUAUCAAUUGUUCUGAAGGAUUGGAUAUUGUUCGAGAGGAUGGAUUAAUGGCAACUGUGACUUUGGAGAAAAGUCAAGUUGGAUUUUAUGUAUGGCAUCAGAAAUUUCCAACGGUUCCAAAGAAUGCGAGAAUGCAACAGAAACUUUAA